CUGCAAGAAGACAUCUUCUGAGAGAAGCAUGGCUUCCUGUUGGUUGUUAAGACUCUGCCUUCUUUCUCUGACACACGCAGCAGCUGGACUUCACUCAUCUGAUCAUUUGAUGAUGAUGUUUGCCUUACAAGGAGAUGGUGUUACUUUGCCCUGCGGCAUACCCUCUAUUGAAUCCUGCUCCUCUGUUAACUGGAGCGAGGCUGGAGAGUUUGGAUCAGUAACUGAGGUGGUGAAGGCCGGGAAGGUGACGGCUAAAAACGUCCCGAGACUCGGCUUUCUGCAGGACUGCUCUCUGCGGAUCCAUCACCUGGAGCUCAAUGAUGCACGACUUUACUCUUGCGGCAGCGGACCACUCAACUCGAGUGUUUUGCUUCAGAUUCUUAAACUUACUGAGAGCUCGACUCCUGCGAAUGGUACAAUAGAGCUUCAGUGUUACCUCAAUACAUUUAUGGGACAUGGCCCUUGUAACAGCAGAGGGAUACAAAUCAAGUGGAGUUCUGAUGAUAACACGCCUUUGGGUGGAAAUAGAUUUGGCGUUGAAAAUCCCUCUGCAUGCUUCUCUAAGUUGAUCAUCAGAAAAAAAGUGACAGACCAUCACAGGAAAUGGAAAUGCAUGCUGUUUCAGAAUGACACGAUUAAAGCCACCAUCAGCUAUACAACAACAGUAAAAGAUGGUGUAGAGGAAGUGUUUGCUGCAGUGGGUGAGUCAGUGUCACUCACUUGUGGCAACACUUCCUCUCUCGGUGCGAGUGGCAGCGUGGAGUGGGCCGUGGGUGGAAGGACACUGACAGAUCAUAUGUCACCCCAUAGAAGCCAAACAAAGGCAUUUCAUGUGAACACAGACUCAUCACUGGUCAUCGGCAAAGUGAGUGCUCUGCACGCCGGGGACUACCAGUGUUCAGAGUCCACCGGUCAGCAAAAGGUGUUGCACAAAAUCAGGCUGCAUACCCUCGAUGUCACUUCAGAGUGUGGGCCAGGAAGAUAUAAUCUCACCUUAACGUGCGUGCUCACCUGCAGUCAAGAAUGUGAAAAAGACUUCAAUUUAACCUGGUCUGGAAGUAGCCGAAACAGCUGGCAGAGCAGUUUAAUAAGUGACAAUAACACUCUUAUAAAAAGGCUGUUUCUCCCAGUUUCACCUGUGACGUCAGAUGAAUUAACCUGCUUAGUGCAUAGGGAGGGUGAUGUGAUGGCGUCAAAGAGGUGGCCCACCGUUGACUCUCUGCAAACACGUGCGUGGUUAGCCCUUCCUCUGGGGCUCCUGCUAUGUCUUGCUGCUGGAGGACUCUACAUAUACACAAAGAGAAAGCAGAAAAAGGAUGCAGGAAAUGAGCAGUCGACUAUUGGAAUGACUCAUGUUUACGAUGCCAUUCAGGAUGCAGAUGAUGAGGAACUACACCAGCAAAGAGGAUCCAAAAGAGAGGCUGCCACCACCGACAGUUUCUAUGAUUUAUUACAGGCUGUGAACUAGAACUAAAUAAAAGUGUUUCUUUUCCUCAAUAUUUUAAU